AUGAAGAAAGUCAUUCCGGAAGUAUUUAGGGGCACAAUAUCUGAAAAGAUUACUGCGGCUAAGGAUUUCCUUGCGGAUAUUGAAAAGAGGUUUGCCAAGAAUGAAAAGGCUGAAAUUGGUAUACUCUUGGCAAGCCUAAUUUCAAUGAGGUAUAAGGGUAAAGGAAACAUCAGGGAGUACAUCAUGGAGAUGUCUCAUCUUGCUUCUAAGUUGAAAGCACUUAAGCUUGAACUCUCAGAGGAAUUGCUAGUGCAUCUGGUUUUGAUUUCACUUCCAACACAAUUUAACCAGUUUAAGGAAAUACUGAAGCAAGAUAAGACAGAAAGUGCUUACUUGGCAUCAACCUCUAAGGACAAAGUAAGGAAAAGGAAGAAGGAUAUGGAAGCUGCAGGGUUGCUUGAGUUGCCGAAAGCCAAAUGA